AUGAAUGGUAUUAUUAGUGCGACGCGGUCUGAUGACUCGACCCGUCUCAAGUCACAAAUCAGUCAUUAUGCGGCUCCCUCGCCGGCCAAGGAACCCUUGAGCCCACCUGUAAAUAACGGUACCUCAUCUAGGUCGCACAUGGGUGUUAAUCACCCCGUAUUGGCUUCGUUUCUUUGUCCUAUAACGGCAGUCAAAGAUUACCACCAGGAUCCAGCAGAGAUGCAAAAAAAAUUGGCAAGCGGACAGAUCUUGAUGUCCGCAGCUGAUUUUCCUGCAUAUCUCUGGGAGGGAACUCCACCCGGGGAAAGCUACAACGAUGAUUCCAUGACUGAUGGGCUUUUCAAAGGGUAUUUUCUUGUCCAUGUAAGUUUUCCGCUGUAUACUUAA